AUGCACAUCCUCGCAGUGCUCCUCUUUGGUGUCGUAUUCCCGGCAUGCGCGCGCUCAGAGAACCGCUUCCGCCGCCCGCCGGGCCCGGGUCCGGCAGGAGACUUCCGGGAUAACCCAGUCUACACACUCGGCGACAACAUUGACUUACAGUGGGAGAUGGACCUCAAGAACAUCGACCUGAUCUUGUGGCAGCAGCAGCCAACGGGGAAUAUCAAGGGACCCUAUGCCAAGCUCGCAUCCAAUUCCACAGUAAAAAGCCUGGUCUGGACCGUAGGCUACGCAGGUUUUCCUUCAACAAUGAAUCCAGACCUGAGCCAGGUCUACUUCCUUCAACUCUUCAAGACGGGACAGUCGGGCAGCAGCGCGACAUCUCACUACUUCAACAUCACCGAACCCGACAGCACAUCAGUAACACAAUCCGCGACAGCCACCACAACAGCCCUCGCCCUCGCAACAUCAACAUCAACAUCAACCCCAGAAUCCUCCCCGGCCACCGCAGUCGCAGGCAUCGCCGUCGGCGCGACGCUCGGCGCCCUCCUCCUCCUCGCCCUCCUCGCGGGGCUGGUCCGCAGGUACGUCAAGAGGAGGCGGGACAUGGCCGUCCACACGGAGGGCGACAUCCUCGUCUACGCCGAGCGGCAGCUGCGGGCCAAAGACGAGGCCGCCGCGUGGAAGCUGGAGCUGCCGGCGCACAGCCGCGAGCGGUUCGAGGUGGAGGCGUGCGAGCCGAGGCACGAGAUGCCCUGCUGA